GGGCGGCCCCGGCUGGGAAGAGAGCGGCAGCGCGGAGCGGAGCAGCGCGCAGCAUGUGCGAUCUGCUGGAACCUGAAACGAUGGCGGGCUGCUUUCAGAAACCUUCUGUGUGGAAUCAUAGAAUAUACCAAGUUGGAAGAGACCCAUAAGGAUCAUCGAGUCCGACUCCUGGCUACACACGGGACUACCCCAAAAAUCAGACUAGAUAUGUCCAGAGUUCUCCAUCUUGGGAUGAGGCUGGGAAGGGAGCUGGGCUGGUGGUGGGAUGCUGAUGGAAAUCUACCAGUUUAGCACUGGAUUUAGAAUCACAGAAUUGUGAAGGUUGGAACAGACCACUGAGAUCCCCACAUCCAAUUCAUCCCACCGUGCCCACUGACCACAUCUCUAUGGUUCUGGAACACCUCCAGGGAUGGUGACCCCACCAUCCCCCUAGGCAGCAUGUUCCAGAGCCCAAGCACUCUUUCCAAGAAGUAUUUUUUCCUAAUAUCCAACCCAGUGUGUUUCUAUUGACUGUUGUGAUGUAAAUGAGUUGUCACUUUGAUGGCAAAAUGGGCACUUUGUGACAGAGCGCUCUGCAGGAGCCUUCAAGCAGCUCUAAAGAUUUGUGCAUUUCCUCUCAUCUUUUGAGUCGUUUACAUUGAUUUGAACAUAAGCACUCAGAGAGAGAGAACAAGGACUUAAUAAGACAUUGUGAUCUGGGGAAGAACGUCUCUGUUGUGCAGAAAGAACGUCUUUUACAGCCUGUAAAACACAAGGCAUCUUUGCUUACCUGAACUACCAUGUUCCCCGGACAAGAAGGGAGAUCCUGGAGACCCUUAUCAAAGGGCUCCAGCGGUUGGAGUACCGUGGCUAUGACUCUGCAGGUGUGGGAAUCGAUGGUGGCAACGACAAAGACUGGGAAGCUAAUGCUUGCAAAAUCCAGCUUAUCAAACAGAAGGGGAAAGUGAAGGCUCUGGAUGAAGAAGUGCACAAGCAGCAGGACAUGGAUCUUGACAUUGAGUUUGAUGUACACCUUGGAAUUGCACACACCCGUUGGGCUACCCAUGGAGAGCCCAAUCCCAUCAACAGCCACCCGCAGCGCUCAGAUAAAAACAACGAGUUCAUCGUCAUCCACAAUGGCAUCAUCACCAACUACAAAGACCUGAGGAAAUUCCUGGAGAGCAAGGGCUAUGACUUCGAGUCAGAGACGGACACAGAGAGCAUCGCCAAACUAGUGAAGUACAUGUAUGACAACCGGGACAGCGACGACAUCAGCUUCACCACCCUGGUGGAGAGAGUCAUCCAGCAGCUGGAAGGUGCUUUUGCCCUCGUAUUCAAAAGCGUUCAUUAUCCUGGUCAAGCAGUUGGUACAAGGCGAGGCAGCCCUCUGCUCAUAGGAGUGCGCAGUGAGCACAAACUCUCCACUGACCACAUCCCCAUUCUGUACCGUACAGCUGUACAGUCUAUGGAUCAUUCUUUUGAUGGAAUAUCCAUAAAUGUGGAGGAAGGUAAGGACAAGAAGGGAAGCUGCAACCUGUCUCGUGUGGACAGCACCACCUGCCUUUUCCCUGUUGAGGAGAAAGCUGUGGAGUACUACUUUGCUUCUGAUGCUAGUGCUGUCAUUGAGCAUACCAACAGAGUGAUUUUCCUUGAAGAUGAUGAUGUAGCAGCUGUGGUUGAUGGCCGUCUUUCCAUCCACCGGAUCAAACGUACAGCGGGUGAUCACCCCGGGCGCGCCGUGCAAACCUUGCAGAUGGAACUUCAACAGAUCAUGAAGGGUAACUUCAGCUCGUUCAUGCAAAAGGAGAUUUUUGAGCAGCCAGAAUCUGUUGUUAAUACCAUGAGAGGAAGGGUCAACUUCGAUGACUACACUGUGAAUCUUGGUGGCUUGAAGGAUCACAUUAAGGAGAUUCAGAGGUGUCGUCGUUUAAUCCUUAUUGCCUGUGGGACAAGUUACCAUGCUGGAGUUGCAACCCGUCAGGUUCUGGAAGAACUGACUGAAUUACCUGUGAUGGUUGAAUUAGCCAGUGAUUUCCUGGACAGAAACACUCCUGUCUUCAGAGAUGAUGUUUGCUUUUUCAUCAGCCAGUCAGGUGAGACAGCAGAUACUUUGAUGGGUCUUCGGUACUGCAAAGAGAGAGGAGCCUUAACCGUAGGCAUAACCAACACAGUUGGCAGCUCUAUAUCACGGGAGACGGAUUGUGGAGUCCAUAUCAAUGCAGGACCAGAGAUAGGGGUUGCCAGUACCAAGGCCUAUACCAGCCAGUUUGUCUCUUUGGUGAUGUUUGCUCUCAUGAUGUGUGAUGACAGAAUUUCUAUGCAAGAAAGACGCAAGGAAAUCAUGCGUGGUCUCAAAGGACUGCCAGACUUGAUUAAAGAAGUGCUGAGUAUGGAUGAUGAGAUCCAGAAGCUGGCCACAGAGCUGUACCAUCAGAAGUCUGUUCUCAUCAUGGGACGUGGCUACCACUAUGCUACUUGUCUAGAGGGAGCUUUGAAAAUUAAAGAAAUUACCUAUAUGCACUCUGAAGGGAUAUUGGCAGGUGAGCUGAAGCACGGCCCUCUUGCACUGGUGGACAAACUCAUGCCUGUUAUCAUGAUCAUCAUGAGAGACCAUACGUAUGCAAAGUGCCAGAAUGCUCUCCAGCAGGUCAUUGCACGACAAGGGCGACCUGUCAUCAUUUGUGACAAGGAAGACAUCGAGACAAUUAAGAACAAUAAGAGAACAAUCAAAGUUCCCCAUUCUGUGGACUGUCUGCAGGGGAUCCUGAGUGUUAUCCCCCUCCAGCUUCUGGCUUUUCACCUUGCAGUUCUCAGAGGAUAUGAUGUUGAUUUCCCAAGAAAUCUGGCCAAGUCCGUAACUGUAGAGUGAAAGAUCAUCUGAAUCAUAGGGGCAAAGGGGAAAUAAGUGAAAGACUCUUUUUGGUACCAAAAUAACUUGAUUUUAAAGUCCCCUAGGUAAAUCUUAUUUUGGUAAAUGAUUGUUUGUGCACAAGAUCACUGUAAUUCCAUUACGUUAGUGAUUGUCAAAUUGAUUCCACAUGCUAUGCCAAUAGCUUUGGGUUUUUUGAACAGUAGAUUUCCAUGAAAGCUAUUAAAUGGUUUUCUUUAAAGGUUACUGAGUCUUCUAGGUAAAGGGCCCUCCACUUUACUUUCAGAUACUGUCACUGUUUCUUAUCCAGUGUGGCUCAUUCCAAUUGUUGGUGAGAAACCAUUCGAUUCAUUACCUGUCAUGCUCUCAGGCAGUGAUACCAGAGUGUACAACUGGAACAGGAGCUGCUACUGGUCACGGUCAUGUUUGUGCAGGUAUUUGAACAGUGGGAGAAACUGUAAAAGAGCAUUUGGGUCAACUUCUGCCUCAUCCAUAAAAGGGGAUUCAACCGAACUCUCAGCCUCUGAAGUUUUAGGCACGUGGUAAAUGUGCUGAGGAAGUAAUGUUGCUUCAGAAAGAUGUUAUCUAUGCCAAAUACCUAGCAGCUGACAAUCUUAUAGAGCUGGGCCACGACACAUCGUGUGACACAGCAGCUCUCUGUAGUUGUACCCAUGAAGAUGGUGGAACUCACGCCUUCAAAUGCAAGUGGAAGCAGUGUCUGGCUCAGCACCAUGGAUGCCUACCGAAAAAAGGAUGGGGAACACUGCUCAGUUGGUGGUGGUGGUUAUUUUGUUGAUUUUUAAUUUGUUUUUAAACAUGCAGUGCUCUUCCUAUGAGGGAUGAAGGUUUUUCCCUCUUGAACUGAGAGCUGUGGCACUGCAAAGAGAUCAUAAGGAAUGGGCUUUGUAUUGCUGCAGGUCACUUAAUGGUUCCUGCCUUCUGUCCUUUGAGCAGAGACAGCACUAAAUCUCUCUCUGAGGCUUGCUAUGUCAUACAGAGUCCCUUAAGUGCAUGGGUUCUGGUUUAUUUAGAAGCAGUUCAUAUGGUUGUAGUGUCAUAUGUGGUUGUGUCAUAUUGAGCUGGUAUAAAAUUGGAGGGGAUAAAACCUGAUAGCCACAAAAUAUGAACUUUGAUGAUUUUUUAACAAGUUUGCAGAACUUACACAGAAAAUAUGCCUUCAAGACGUUGAACAAGUCAUUAAAGGGCAGUUAAUUGGGUGUUUCCUACUGCAAAAAGAGGAAUUCUUACCAGUCUGAUGAGUUCUGAAUUAGCUUUAUACAUGCAAAAGCAUGGUACAAGGUGGAAAGCAAUGCUUGCUGAGUCCUGGUGCAUAUUCCAAACUGCUGCCCCUGGAAUACUGCUUUAGCAAAUGCAGUGUUUGGGGACCAUCCGUUACCAUUAAAACACAGCUCUGGUGGAUGAUUUCCAGCAGAAGAGGACUGCUCAAAGUGUUUCCAAAGAGAGUGGCAAUUCUGCUCUAUAUCAAACCACAGUAACCUAUUUGACUUCAGUUCACAAUCAGCUCAAGGCUGUUUUGUUAUGUUAAUGAGUGAAAUGGAGUGCCUGGAAACGGUUUCUCGAAACCAACAUAUGUAUGUUUAUUAAUACUGUGUUCAGACUAUUAAUUAAUGAAUGCAUUGUGCUGCCAGUGUAGGAAGUGUUGCAUUGUAUUUGUACAGCAGUUGCUUAUGAGGUGCUGGCUCCUACUCUGUGCCUCCGCCUAGACAUGACCAGUAGACUGCCCUUCUUUGGAAGGGGGUAAUUCUCCCAAAGGAACAGCAAGCAAUGUGUGUUCAGUGCUAACAGUUUGGGGGCAGCUCCUCUUCCUGCUGCCACUCACCUUAGUAAGGGAAGCUGUGAACCUUGAGCAUGGGGGCUGGGAGCCAAGGAAGGUUCUCCCAUUGCCCAGCAUGAGGACUUUCAAUACCACACCUUGUGUUCUCGUCAGUAUGAGGUCUGAUGGGAAAGAACCUGCAAGAGAAUGGUUUGAAGAUCUUUUUCUCCUAUUCCGUUCAGAAGCAAAGCACCAAGCAUUGCUUUCAGCUUGCCUUGUGCAGAUAAUGGUCUGCCAGCUCACUCCUGGCAAACAGUGUGGUCAGCAUGGCAGGAAAAGUGGUCAACCUCUCAAAAUGCAGAUUGCUGUUCAAUAGGAGGUUGGUCAUUAAUGGGCUGUUUAAAUACUUAUGGAAGUUGUGUACAAAGAGGACCAAAGAACAGGAUUCUAAACGAGACACUUAAUGAGUUUGGCACUCUCCUGUUGGAUGUAACUGUACAGAUAUUGCUGAGCUCUUUGGUUUUAAUGCUAGACAAAUCCUUAUUCUCUGUAAUUCUCCACGACAGAUUCUUCAUUUAUCUGAAGUAAGGUAGUAUUCACCCCCUGCAUUCUGCAGGUUGCCAGCAAACUGCCUCAAGUGUACAAACUGCCAAAACAGAGGUGUAGUAUGUGCAGGUAGGACAUUGUCAUGCUUCAAUGGAGCACACUUGCUAUGAAGAAUUUCUCUGAUGAGCAUGGUAGGGAAUCUGUAAAGCAUCUCACUGUUAAUUGCCAUGCCAGCGUGAAGUCAGAUUGUGUAAAGGACUCUUCUUAGCUUUCCUUACCUCAUUUUGUGUAGACGUGUUGUGUUUGGAUGAACAGAUGGUAUUUCUCUUUUUUCCCUAGAGGACUUUUAGAAUGUCUCGUGAUAUUUAUUAACAGCGGUCAGUCUUCUGCUCUCCAGAAUGAAUGUUUUGCUUACUGAGCCAGUCCGACUCCCCUCCUCCUGAUGGAGGUGUGCAGACACCCAGCAGCCCCUCACUAAAAUCCAGCCACGGGUAAACACCAAUAAAGCCCCUUCUCAUUUUGCAUAGCAGCUGCCUAUUACUUCAUACGUUGGCCAGAAGGGUUUUUCCUCCUGUCUGCACUGAAGAAAGGCUCAAAUUCAGCUCUGAAUUUGUCAAAUGAGUGAGUACUGUCUGCACAUAUGUCACUGCAAAGAGCCCAAAGCAGUGUUGGGAUAGCCAGGUGUCUGUAGGGUGCAGUGAUGGCUUGGGGAUGCCCUUCUGGCCGCAUCCUUGUUUGUAAAGUCUCUUUGUAUGUAAAGAGCUGCACAAGUGAAAGCUUUGAGACAAGGGGGAGAAUCUCAUGCGUAUGACAACAUGCAAUCUUGCUUAAUUAGUAUCCCUAAUGAUAGCCUGGAUAGAUUGAGUUGGGCUAAGCUGCAGAGUGAGACAACUAAAAGCCCAAGGAGGACCAACAUCAGUGCAGGAUGAGGGUUUUCUCCCUUCUGGUAGCAGUCCUUGGCAGCACAAGCAGCAGCAUGUAGGAUGGAUGGGGGAGCUGCAGUUUGGCACGUUGGUGUUUGGCUGUGGCUGAUUUUAGAUCCCACCUGAUGGUACCAAAUUAGCCUCAAAAAGCACAGAGUCCCUCCACCGGAUCAGGAAGAAGAAAUAAGGAAUUGGGUUUGAAUCAGAGGAUAAAACUAUUUGCCUUCCAUUCAGUGCAUGUAAAUAGACAUUUGAAAUGGCAGAUACCACCAUUUCUUCUUCCCUUUGGGUCUGUUUGCCUCUGCUUGUACAUAUCCAGCUGGCUUGGUUUGUGGGGACCAGUCUGUACCUUGUUUCCUGUUGUGUGCUGUAUGCAGAAGAUGUCUCAUUUUGUCUGUAGUGUUUUAUAAUUUGGGUUCUGUCUUUUUUGCUUACUUCUUUUGUAUCUCACCCUUUGAAUAAAAUCAAGUGCCCUACAUUAAA